AAAAUGUGUAAUCGGUGACCAACAUAAGUCGCCAAUCAGUGGUUUAUUGCUUAACAAGAAGAUGAUUCGCAAAUCAUUUUUCACUUUAUGCUUAUCAUUAAAUUUGAUUUUAUUUUCAUCUGAAAACGAUCAAGAAAAGUUUGACAUUGUUUCUACAAGCCAGCGACCAUCCAACUCCCUCAGUGUCGAACAAGCUCUAACCUCACAGAUUGAAAAUCUUAACACCAAACUCAAAGCUCUAGAAACAGAGCUAAAGCAUCGUAUAGAAGCUCUCGAAUCCACAAACAAUUUAACGUCAGAACAAUUAACACACUGUCUGACGACUCUUGAAUCAAAAAAUGUACAAGCAUAUUGGCUUAAGCAACACCAACACCCUCCAACUAAUUGUAGAGAAGUUAAAGACAGGGGUUACGAUGUUUCCACCACUUACCUAAUCAAACCAGACUUUGCCCCUAACGCCACAAAAGUUCUGUGCGAUUUAGAAAAGAAAGGAGGUGGAUGGACAUAUAUUCUUAACAGAUUUGAUGGGUCACAAAGCUUUGAUUUCGAUUUAGAAGAUUAUAAAAAAGGUUUUGGUAAACUUUCGGGUGAGUUUUGGCUGGGUUUAGAUAACGUUUAUUAUUUAACUGGUUAUAAAAUGAACGAGUUGCUGGUAGAACUAGUAGACUGGAACGACCAAUCGGUGUACGCCUAUUAUGAUCGUUUCAGGGUGGGUAGUGAAGAUGAAGGUUAUGUAAUGACUGUGUCAGGGUAUAACGGUACCGCUGGAGACUCUUUGUCUUAUAGUAACAAUAUGAAAUUUAGUACAAAGACGAAGGAUUUUGAUAAGUCAUCCACGGCAAGUUGUGCUGAAUAUUUCGAUGCAAGUUGGUGGUAUAACUAUUGUAUGAAAAGUCUUCUCACAGGAAAGUACUUGAAAGGAGAAGUUUCCCAAGAACACAAAGAUAAAAUUAUGUUCUGGCAGACUUUUCGGGGGACAGCUUAUAGUCUCAAGGAAGUUAGGAUGAUGGUUAGACCUAGAGUUAAAUCAGAUGGAAAUUAAUUGUCAUUAAAUUAAUUUUAUUUAAUGUUAAUUGUAGGUAUGCAAUAUUUCGUGUUUUAAGUUUUAAUAAAAUUUUUGUUAUUUUAA